UAUGGAUAAAGGAAUAAAAUAGUCUUCUGUGAUAGUCCUUCGUUAACUGCUACUAAAUCAUCAGAGAGAGACGUGAACCCGUAGCUCGUAGGUCUUGGCUAAGGCGUGUCCACUUACAGUGUCAUCAGUCGUGUGGCAGAUACAGUUUUCCUGUUCUCGGAUUCGCGCGUGUCGUCUGUCCUAACAGGCGACCCGUAGAUGUUCUUCGGCGUGUGAAACAUGGCGGGUUCAGGCAGUCGUAUAGCGACGGAUAGUGACCUUCUGAGAUACGCUGAAUAUACACCUACAUCUAACCGGCGGAGUGAAACAGAUAUUGACAAGCGCAUUGGCAGCACACUGAUUGCAGUUGGACUUGGUGUCGCUGCAGCAGGAUUCGCAGGUCGAUAUGCGUUCCACUUAUGGAAACCUCUUGGUCAAGUUAUUACAGAAAGUGCCAAAAAGUUUCCCUCUUCAGCAUUCUCGGCAUAUUACAAAGGUGGAUUUGAGCAGAAGAUGACUAAGCGGGAAGCCAGUCUCAUUCUAGGGAUCAGUCCAACAAGCACCAAGGCUAAGGUGCGAGAAGCCCACAGGAGGACCAUGGUCCUAAAUCAUCCAGAUAAAGGUGGAUCUCCAUAUUUGGCAGCGAAGAUCAAUGAAGCAAAAGAUCUGCUUGAGUCUGGCCAUCGGAGUUAACUGUCUGUGUUCUUCAAGGCACCAUUCACUCAGCCAUUUUGUGUUGACUUCUGUCUGUUGUUUCUGCUCCACUACUUGAGCUCACACUGUCCAGUAUCCUCUCAUCUGUGCUCACAUGCUUUGACCCAGCCAACUCCGAGGCUCUUCAUUGCUGUUGUGUCAGCCAAGAACCUCAACUUCCAUCACUCUGAAUCAGGCAUCAGACCUGGAUCUUUCAUGUUGAAGGACCUAUGCUGUAGAUAGAAAGCAUUCACCUUUAUUGACAUUAUUAUUGAAGCUACACUUUGAAUGUUUAAAGUUUAUGAUAUGUCUGCUGAAAAACAUCAGUCUAGUUUGUCUUUUUUUGCACAAAUGUAAAGGUACAAAAAUGCUAAAGCUAAGCUAGAUGGACUAAUGCCUGUACAGUGUUAUUUAUAAUACUGAAUAAACUGUGGUUAAAAAUA